AUGAUUGGUAACGGCAUAGCGUGUCCUGACGGUGCGAUGAGUGUUUCAGACGAUAUUGAUAAUUAUACUCCCAGCGCGAAUAGCUUUUGUAGAGAUUUUAUCAGGGGAUGUUGUAUCAGGGAAAACUGUAGAUAUAUACAUGAAAUUCCACCAAAAGCUCGCUUAAAAGAGUUGUUUCGAUUCUGUCACGACUUUCAAAACAAAGGCUGUUUUAGAGGAAAUUGUAAAUUUGUACAUAGCUCUGUUGAAGAAGAAGAACACUUUUAUGCAACUGGAAUAUUUCCGAGAGAUCCACGCAAUGUACCUGUCUGCCAAAACUACUUACAUGGUACAUGCACUAAUCAAGAUUGCAAGUUUAUUCAUCCAGACAUGACUGGUAAUGAAAUAGUUCCUGUGCAUAGCGCUCCUUUGCCUGCUUUUAGUCGUCCUCCACCACCCAUCAGGGAUGAUGACUCUCCUCCAGAGGCUAAAUUUAGACGUUUUGCUUUUGAAGAGACUGUUAUAGAUAAGCAAGUUUUGUCACCAUCAAAUAUAUGUACUAAUUGUGAAGCUUUAAACCAUAAGGUUAAAUUGUUACAUGAUAACAUAAGUGUAUUAUUAAAGAAAAUUGCAGACUUGACUGAAAAAAAUGUUCAACUUACAUCAAUGAAUGAAUUUUUGUUAGAGCAGAAUUCCGUUAGAAACAAUCAGCCUUGUGUAAUUACAUCAAGACAUGGUACAUCGGCUCCUGUAUCACUGGCAACUGUAAGUGUAACACCAGUAGUAAGCUUAGCUGGGGCUUUACCAACAUUAGUUCCUGCUGCUGCAACACCUAAUUUAACAUUAGCUCCAGCUGCAUCUAGGGCACAGUUGUUAACACCAGCACCUCAAUUACUUACUGUAAGUACGACUCAACAACUAAUGGGUAAUUCUGGAGCAUUGAUUGUAACCAGUGCAGGUGCUCAACAGUUGAUGCAAGUGAGUGACUCUAGCAAUCUAAUGGGUGGGGGACAAACUGUUGUUGCUGUGACACCUGCCCAAUUGACUUUAGCACCACCCACACAGCAAUUAAUGAGUAAUGCACCACAGACAGCUGUUCAACAACUUGUUCAACAAUCGGCACUACAGACACAAUUGGCUCCACAGCAUCAAGCAUCUCAAUUUGCAGCAGCACAGCAGUCUGUACAACAUUUGGCAGCACAACAGUCUGCUCAACAUUUAGCAGUGCAGCAGUCAGCACAACAUUUAGCAGCUCAACAAUCAGCCCAGCAUUUGGCAGCACAACAGGCUUCACAGCACCUUGCAGCUGCACAACAGUCAGCACAGCAACUAGCAGCAGCAGCUCAGCAGUCAGCUCAACAAAUGGUGGCCCAGCAGUCUGCACAACAACUAGCAGCUCAACAGUCUGCACAACAACAAUUAGUUCCCUCUGGACAACAAUUAGUGCAUCAAACCUCUUCACAGCAAAUAACUAUUUCCAACACAAGUCAACCAAUGGCGCUGUCAAAUUCACAGGCUCAGCCUAUAACAUUUCCAAUAAUAUCCCAGAGCAUUUUGCCACAUUAA